CAAAUCACAAGGCAACUCUAAACUGGUUGCAUCGGCAAAACAACCAUCAGCUAGCCAUCGGCGCAGCCAUUCAGUCAGCCUCUAUCGAUCGCAAUUCUCUGUCGUCUCCAGUAUCUCCUCGGUGACUCGUAAAGUAACGAACGCGAUGACGAAGCAAAAAAUUGUGAUCAGGGUGAGCAUGCCGUGCGAGAAGAGCCGGUCCAAGGCCAUGGCGUUGGUCGCCCGAGCAGACGGGGUGAGCUCCAUGGGGAUCGCCGGCGACGAGAGGGACCGGCUCGAGGUGGUCGGCGACGGCGUCGACACCGUCUGUUUGGUCAGGUGCCUGCGCAAGAAGAUCGGCCACGCCGAGCUCCUGCAGGUGGAGGAGGUGAAGGAGAAGAAGCCCGAGGAGAAGCCGGAAGACCCCAACGUCGUGCACCAGCCGCCGUACUGGUACCCUGGUUACUACCACUACCACCUGCCGCCGUCAUGUUCGUCAGUGGUGACCAUUUGGUGAAAGCGGCCGUUUUGAUGGAUUAACAGUUGGCAUUCAGCUCAUGCACCUUCUAUAUCUGUACUCGGGAUAUUCUGUAUUUCGACAGAACAUAUGGAAAAGGUUAUUGGUAAAGCUAUUACUUCCAUAUUCGAUCCGUUUUCACCACCCUGUCAGACGAUGUCAACGGUUUGAAUUUGAUGCUUGUUAGUUGUUGGUCUUUGUUUUCUCAAUUGGAACCCCAUAUUCUGGAAAGUGGCCCAAAGAAAGUUGAUAGCCAUAGGGUGGUAAAUCCUGGAGAUCUAAUGGAUGGAGCGGCAAAUUCUCAAAUUCACCUUCAGAAAUCCACAAGGAGAGAUUUGGCAAACGGAAAAAGAAAAUCUACAAACCCAUCAUAUAUAAGCCAUCCGCCGUUUCAAUUUCCUAUCCAUUUAUACCACCCAACAUGAUACAUCGUUCAGACACCCCUUAGGCAACAUAGUAGCAAGCUAACAUGAAACAGUUCAAUUUCUACAGGAAUGUGAAAGUUUCUGCGUCUUCAGGCUUACGCAUUUGAAUAAGAACGGUGUGGUGGGCUAAGGUUACUGUUUAUAGACGCUGACAGUGGGUCCAGGGGAGGAAAACACCGUCAGGUUACUGUAGCAGUGCUGUUUGCAGAGGCUGGAGAGAGAAAAAGAAUAGUAGAAGGUAGGAAAUAGAGUAGCUGCUGGAGAUGAAAAAAAUAAGGGAUGCUGUAAUAGUAUUUUUUAGAAUAAAAAUUUAAGGUAGCUAUUGGAGAUGAUCUUAGAUGAGGAUUGGUGGCAGCAACAGGAAUCAGAAAGAGAUCCACGCUUGACAAAUAACAAGCAGCAUGUCAGCAUUCUAAUUGUUUGUGACGAUGACAUGCAUUUGGUAGGAACUCAAAUUAUUGCAGAAACGUUUCCAUUUUAGAUUUGUUUUAAAUGUUUCUAUAGUAAAACAGAAUUAUAUCUAGAAACCGUUUGGCAGCUGUAUGAAUUCAAUUUCUUGAAAUA